AAUUCUCUCUAUCCACUUAUCCAAUAUAGAGUUCAGCUUUUCUAGUGGAACCCUUUUCAAUCUGCAAGAGAAAUAACUCAAGAAAUUCUCAAAGCAAUAUGGAUGCUUGCUUUGUCACUUCAAAGUCCUUCCCUGCAACCGUAGAGAAACUCUUCCCUUUGUUAGGAUCAAGAAUUUCUUAUUCUACAAGAAGAAGGUUAUUUGUUAGUCAGUUUCAUCAGCUCAAAAAAGUUGGCACUCCUUUGUCAGUGACAUGUUGUCAGGCAAGUUCAUCAUUGCCAUCACCUUCACCUCAAGAUGAAGAAAGACCUUUUGCUGAAACGGAUUGGAGAUCAUUUCGAGCAAGAUUGGUGGCCGGAGAAAAAGCUUCCCGGUCAGAAGAGCCUUCCUCCGUCGUCAAUCCCGACACCGUCGACGAUCUUCCGCCACCUCCGGCCGUCACAAUUGGUAGCAAAUGGGCUCACACCAUUCACGAACCAGAGAAAGGUUGCUUGCUCAUCGCCACUGAAAAGCUCGACGGCGUCCACAUUUUCGAGCGGACCGUAGUUCUCUUGUUGUCAAUGGGCCCAAUAGGCCCAACGGGCUUAAUUCUCAACAGGCCAUCACUUAUGUCAAUCAAAGAAAUGAGAUCGUCGGUAUUGGACAUGUCCGGGACAUUUGCGAAUAGGCCGUUGUUCUUUGGUGGGCCUUUAGAAGAAGGGCUUUUUUUAGUAAGCCCAAAUGAAGAAGUAGAAGAUGGGCUUGGGAAAAGUGGGGUAUUUGAUGAAGUAAUGAAGAAUGUGUAUUAUGGUACAAAAGAGAGUGUGGGAUGUGCUGCUGAAAUGGUAAAAAGGGAUGUAGUUGGACUUGAAAACUUUAGGUUUUUUGAUGGGUAUUGUGCAUGGGAGAGAGAUCAAUUGAGGGAUGAGAUUAAGGCUGGUUAUUGGACAGUAGCAGCUUGUAGUCCAAGUGUAAUUGGGCUGUCCAAUGUUGGAAAUGUUGGGCUUUGGGAAGAAGUUCUUGGGCUUAUGGGCCCGAAGAAAGUCUGGUGAAACUUAUACUACUGAGAUAUAAUUUGGAUCAUUUGUAAAAAAGGCUAUGGGUUUCUGUAUUAUAGUAACUUCUGAGUUAGAUUUGUGUUUUACUUUAGAACCCCAACAUUGUAAAAUAUUAUGUAUUGAAAUGUGAACUUUUAACUGAUUAAAUGAGAAUGGAGUUAUACUUUGUCAAA